GGGCGGAAUAGCGGGUCCGGGCCGGGCGGCGCCUGGCCAAUGAUGUGGCGAGGCCCCGGAGCGCGGCGUUCAGCUGGCGGACAUUUAAAUGGGAGACGCCGAGAUGCUGAGGCACUCGGCGCGCCCUCCAUGGACUCGGGGGCCAAUCCAGCAGCUCAGCCACAGCCGCAGCAUCCUAGCUAACCCCGUGUGUCGCCCCGGGGGGAACAGGGGGCGCGGAACCGGCCCCUGGGGCAGUUCCACCGACUCUGGAAGACUAACAAAACUCCUCUGUCCCGAAGAAAAGAGCAGGAAGAAAGGACGCUCCGGAACAGGAUGGGUCGAACAGCCUACACUGUGGGGGCUUUGCUUCUGCUCUUGGGAACCCUGCUGUCUGCCACAGAAGGGAAGAAGAAAGGAUCUCAAGGCGCCAUUCCACCUCCUGAUAAGGACCAAUACAAUGAUUCAGAGCAGACUCAGACACCCCAACAGCCUGGAUCCAGGAACCGGGGGCGGGGACAGGGCCGGGGCACCGCCAUGCCAGGGGAGGAGGUCCUGGAGUCCAGCCAGGAGGCCCUGCACGUGACUGAACGCAAAUACCUGAAGCGGGACUGGUGUAAGACGCAGCCUCUCAAGCAAACCAUCCACGAAGAGGGCUGCAACAGCCGCACCAUCAUCAACCGCUUUUGCUAUGGCCAGUGCAACUCCUUCUACAUUCCCAGGCACAUCCGCAAGGAGGAAGGCUCCUUUCAGUCAUGUUCCUUCUGCAAGCCCAAGAAAUUCACCACCAUGAUGGUUACGCUCAAUUGCCCUGAAUUGCAACCACCCACUAAGAAGAAAAGGGUCACCCGGGUGAAGCAGUGUCGCUGUAUAUCUAUUGAUUUGGAUUAGGACCGAGACACCCAGCCUACCCUGAUGACUCAGCCUCAGACGUGCACUGUGCCAAGUACAAGGCAACUUGGCACUGCCUAUGCUCAAUCCCAGAUGCAAGAAGAACCACUCAUUGCCUUUUGGCAGGAGCAUGCAUGUGUGUAUUUGUGUGCCCGUUGGUGCAUCGCAUGCAUGUCUCAGGCACCAUGGGGGAUAAAACAAUCUCUUCUGGAGGGCACUUCCUAUUAUGUAAAGAGUAUCUGUUGCACUUGGGGAUGAUGCCGAUGACCCAAAUCCCGGGCAACUUCCCUGAGGCAAAUCACAGAGCAGGCAGAGAUGUUGUCUUGCUUUGCCUCAACCUUCAAUGCGCCUUCUCAGACAUCUAAGAUUCUUUUCAGAGUGAGUGCUGCAUGGACGGUGGUUACCCUGGGCUUUGUUAAUGGAGCAGGGAAGGCACUCUCCCAUCUGCAGUUGACUUAGAAAAGUGAUUUCUGAAGCUCCUUCCGCUAACCAGCCCUUCCUCCAACUUUUGGUCCAUGCCACCAAACCCAGAAUCAAUAACUAUUUCCAAAAAAUGCCCCCUCCUACCCCCAUAAGUUAUCCUUGAUAUCUUCUUACCAAGGUCUUUAUUUAUCAGUUUUCCUCUUUGCAAAAAAUAUUCCAGAUGGUUAAAGAAGGCAAAGAAAACAGAGGUGAGAUACAUUGAGGGGAGAGUAGUGGUCUAGGAGGUAGGAUUUAGGGAUGGUGAUCACAUGAACUUGGCAGGUUUAAGGUAGGGGGCAUGUAGGGAACUGAACAUGACAACACUGUAAAAUCAUCUUUUGAAGACAAGAUAUUUUUCAGCAUGAAACAGAACCUAAGUGAAGCAAGGAUUCAGUAAAUGUCUUGCAUAACACUCUCAGCUUUGUUGUGCAUUUUCAAAUGGACCUGAAUAAAACAUGGUGGCCUUAGCUCUGAUUUUCUUGACAUUAUUUGUAGGGGGCAAGAUUUUCAAUUGAAUUACUUCUCAACCCAAGAUCAAAUUUCUGCCUAGUUCAUUUUUCUAGUCCAUUGAAAUUCACAAAAUAUAAAAAGAACCAAGCUGUUACUACUAUCUGCCCCCUAUCCAACUCUGCCCCAUCUCCCCGCAAAUCUAGGGCUUAAAGCCUUCUGAAAAUUAUAUCAUUGUAUUAUUAUUAUUUACACAACAAGAAUUUAUUAAGAAUCUACUACAUGCCAGGCACUGUGGUAUGUACUGAGGAUACAAUGAAACUGGCUCUGCCCUCAAGAGGUCUACAUUAUGCUACUGAAUAGAAUCAGUCACUUUGGUUUGGAAGCUACUUGGCCUUCGCAUAACACAGGAUUGGGGAUGAUAAAGUAGAGGUAUAUGGGAGAUGCUGAUUACCCUAAAUUCAGUUCCCAGUCAGGGCCGUGGAGAGUUUCUAUAAAAUGGAGAUUCUCUUAUGGUCUCAACCUCAAGUUUGGUUUUGGAGUGUCAACCUCUUUCCCUGCUCCUUUUCAUGUCAUGGUGGCUGGACUACUUACUAACUAGGUCAGUUUGACUGAUAUUUAUCACCAUUUGUUCACAAAAAAAAGAUCCCUAGACUAUCUUCUCCAAGGCUAAACAGUCUGCCCAGAGAAUAAAGAAAAAUAUUACCAAAGGUCAAUUCAAGUUGGCAUGCUCUCUUUAAUUAUCAGCCCUGAGCACACAAGCAACAUACAAUCUUUAAGACACAGAUAUUUUGAAAAUAAAUUAAGUGAACCACCUAACGAGUCCUUUACCACCCCACCCCCCUACACUAGGAAUCAUAAGAAAUGGUGCUCAAAUCUUCUCCACCAAGAGUUCAGAUCUGGUACCUAUUUUUUUCUCUCUAAGAUAUAGAGCUUUUAUGGAGAAAAUGGCAUAGAAAAGUAUCUUUAACAGAAGACUCAAAUAAUUUUAAUUUUCUUCUCUUCAUAAAUUUAGUGAUAUUUUUGUUAAUGAGAAUUUUGCCAAAAAUUUAGCUCUUUCAGGAAGCCCUAAUCCUCAUUGUUCCAGAUCAGAAGGUGUCAAAUAUAUUACAGUUUAAAAGUCUUAAUAAAGCAUGGGAUAGAGGGGUGCAUGUUAGUUUAGCUAGGGGCAACACUAUGGUCAAGGUGUUUUGUUUUUCAGUCAAUAUUUUUUGAGAGAAGGAACAGAAGGUAAGAAUGGGGAGAAAAAGAGAAGAGGCAAGAGAGAAAAAGGGUAAGAAAGGAAGAACAGAGAUCUCCUGGGAAUGUUGUAUAUUAGUAUGAUUCAAAGAGAGAGAUUAAGAAUAGAAGCAUUUCCCUUUAUAGUCCUCUAUUGGGAAUUUUAAAGGAAAUCCCUGUUUUAUACAUGUUUUUAAAAUAAGGCAUUCAGAAUAAGAAAAUGUGUUUUUUAUCCAGUGAUACUGGGAUAUCUGAUGGGUGGUCAUUCCAAUAUCUAUUGGUCAAUUUCAUCUGCUUGGCUCUAAAUGAAACGGGAUAACUCCUAAUGGCUAUUCUUAACUUAGUGUUCAUCUGAAACCAGUAGGGGAACAAUGCUGAGGGUAUGAUCUGGGUUUUGUGUGUGUGUGUGUGUGUGUGUGUGUGUGUGUGUGUGUGUGUGUGUGUGUGUGUGUGACUAAACUGUUUUUCCAAAGUUUGGAGUUUAAUACAUUAAAACCAAAUCUUGCUUAUUGCCUUCUCAGCUCCACAAUUGGGAAUGGGAAUGAUGUGGAAACUCAAAGAUGAGGAGUUAAAAAAUUCAGAGUACUGACAACUCUCCAAGAAACCAUUUUCAGUCUUCCCACCCAAUAGCUAUAAAUAAGAACCAUGCAUUUUGAAACAGAAUUGAAAAUCCAACACUGGAAUUCAUUUUGAAUUCCUUUUCCAACUUUUAAUUUUCCAAUUAAAUUUCAUUUCCAAUUCCUUCCUGAUGAAUUUUAGACCCAAGGUGUUUACCCACUCAUAUAUACUGCCCUUCCCAUACCCACAAAAAUAUGCUUCCACUGUGGAAGCAUCUCGUCUACUCCUUGUAUUAAACCUCCCUGCCCCAAAUCUUGCUUUCAUUCAAAUCCUCAAACAGGAAAACAGAAUGGCUUUGAUUAAGCACACAAAUGCCUAAGCCAAAAUGGGGAGUGGGAAGAGGAAACAAGAAUGGGACCGAAAAUGUAAAACCACACUAGAGAGGAGAAAUAACAUUCAGAACCAGUAAACACUGAAUUUCUCUUGUUGUUUUAACUCUGCCACAGGCAUGUGAUUUUGUUAAAAAGAGAUGACUUAAGUGGCCAGCAAUAAUCUUCCUUUUAGUAGCCUGUACCACAGUCUUGCAUUUGGGGAGGAUUUGGCUCCAGUAAAGAGAGUUUCCUUAAAAUUAACUUCCCAAGGAUAAUCAGCAGCAUGACUACCCUCAAAGCAGAACCGGGCAAGCAAAGAGUGCUCUACUUGUCUUAUUAUGCCACUGUUGAUGAAGGUUAGCAUGAGGAUAGUCUAUAUUCAUUCCAUCAUUUUCUUAAAAUGCCACAUUGGUUACAUAUUAUAUCAGGUACUUACUGAUGAUGCAAUUACACACAUGCAUUUGCUGUAGAUUUAUUCAUUUUGAUAGUGAGAUAGACAUGAUUUCAAUCUUUCCUAUUAAAAUAAUGCCAAACACUGAAUUUGCAUAUUAUGACAUACACCAGACAUCUUUUAGAAUACAUAUUUUAUAUAUACAUAUAUAUACUUUGAAAGUUUUUGUCAUCUGCAUUUCUUUGAAGAUUAAAAUUAAUAAUAAUAAUUAUGAUAAGGGAAGAGAGAAAUUUGGAGAUAAAGGAGAUAAUUUCCACUGUGUGGAAUGUGAAUAAACAGAAAGAUAUGGAUAUUUAAUGUUAUUAUUAAUUCAUAUAUUUUGUUCAGUGUGAUAAGAGCGAUUUUUUCCCUUUUGUAUGACUUCCUCUGAAUUGGGCAAAGGAGAAACUGGCUUCUCCUAUGUGGUUGAAAGCUUUUUUGUAUGGGGAUGAUAUUUAUUCAGAGGGCGAUAAGAAACUUUGUUGUACCUGUGCACAUAUAAGUAUUGUGGUUAUGAAAAAUUAUUGGGCUGACAUCUAUCUUUCAUGUUUCAGAGGUUAACUUUCUGAAGCAAUAUUCAUAAAGACUUUAAGCAAGACUUGUGAAGACUUAAGAUGUACAGAAAGGAAAUACCAAAACCAGCAAUAAUUCUCCAUCACCAAUAAAAUUGCCUUAAGGAAAGAUGUUAAAUGCCAAUUUUAUGCAUAACACAUUUGGAUGGUUAACUAAUGCAUAAGACUGAAAGUUCUGUUGAUCUCUCAUUCCCCAAGAUAUUUAAUAUAAACUGUAUCAUGUAUUUAAACUUCUCCUUUAUUAUAAAAAGUCUAUAGGCUGUGAGGUGCCUUAUUUUUUUAUGUGUGUUCAUGGAUUCAAAAAGAAUUUUGGUUUAAAAUGAAUUUUUAUUGAUAUGUAAUUGAAUAGGAUCAGAAUUUUUUCUCCAAGAAUUUUAUAUAUAACCUUUUCUCAAGGGUAACCAAUAAAUUAAACCUCUUCUAUA